UUUUUUUUCUUUACUUCUCAUUCCAUUUAAGAUCACAUGAACAAUCGAGAUCCCACCCAGGUCAUCACCACCCCUCCUUCCGCUACCACUCCUUCCUCCCCUUCCUCCCCUUGUCCUUCCUCCUCUGUCCUUUCCUCGCCCAAAAACCAUGCAGAGGAUUCCCCCUUGACGGGUCUUUCAAAGAUCAAGGCCACGGCCCUUCUGCUCAAACAAAAGGUCGCUGGUACCAGCAACAAACCUCAGAAACAACCCAACAAGAUCGCACAUCCAUGGAGUCUCAAUUCCUCUUCUCGGUCUUUUUCCUGUCCUUCUCCUACUUCUCCUCAAAGUCAUCGUAGUGGAGGAGAAGAAGGAGCUAUAACCCCUCAAGGUCUAAAGAAGGAAUCUAUAAAAGCAAUGAUUGUUGCGAGAGAAGAUCCAUCCCUGAGUUGUAAUAAAAUGGCUCCUUCAGGGACACAACCUGCACCAGCAGCUCAGAAACGAGAUUCUGCCAGGGCAAUCAGCUCUACUGCAGCUGCAGAUGCAGAUGCAGAUGUUGGUAUAACCGAGGUUCAAUACUCACCCAAGCUUUCAGAGCAACAACACCAGCAAAUUCAUUCUCCUCCCCUUACUCCUACAGCCAUUAGCGAAAGCAGAAAUAACAGCAGUAGCAACAACAACGACAAUGACAACAAUAAUAGUAGUAAUAAUAGUAACAAUAACAACAACGAUAAUAAUAAUAAUAAUAAUAAUAAUAAUAAUAGCAGUAGUAAGGGGGAGGAGAAAGGGGAUAUCAAGAAUGACAACAGUGAACAUAUUUCCGUGGUAUGCGAAAGACAUCAGGAUCAGCAGGACAGGAAUCAUUCGAUCCUUACUAAUCCUACUAGUCCUACUAGUCCUACAAGUCCUACAAGUCCUACUGGCUCAGAUGCAGCAGGCAGGAGGUCAACAAGGAGAAGGACUACGCGUGGAGAUAUGCUCGCACCUAGCCAGUUUGCGCCUUCACCGUCUUCAUCUACACCGUUGUUCAUGAGGGCCUUUCAAAAUCCAGAUGCUGCCACACUCAUACCCACAUCCGUCAACAGUGGUAGUAGCAACAACAGCAAUGACGGCGAUGCCUUCAAUACCCAUGUUCAUUCAAGCAUGGUCGCUACCACACAGGAUACCUCACGCUCACGCGGUAGUCGUAAUUCUCGAGCAGCAGAAACAAAUCAGCCUUCGGCUGUUUCACCUUCGAUGCAAACUGACACAGUUAGUGUAGAAAGACCAAUAGUAAAGAACGGUAACAACAAGAGUGCUACAGAACCAAUGACGCCAACAACACCCACAACGCCCAAAGUGUCAUCAUCAGGAGGAGCAGCGACUAAAGCAAAUUUGUCUGUGCUCGAUCAACAAAAACAACAACAACAACAACAACAGCGACAGCAACGACCAUCACAUACCCCACGUCGUCAUACGACCUCCACUAGCAGCCCUAGUUCGAUGGCCAUCGCAUCAUUGUUUGAAAAUUCUGUACCACCAUUGCCUACUCCGUCAAUCAACACAGCAUUACGACAGUUCCAAACCCCUAAAAUCCCUGCCAACCUGGUCCAGGCCCGGAUUAUGCAACAAGAGGAACAGAGACGAAGGGAUGAAGAAUUAGCAAAGAUUCCUAUUACCGCUAAUUUGAGAACUGUAAAGAAGAUUCAGGCUGUGUUGAUUGAUGAUGAAGAGGAACUGGCUGCUGGUGCUUCCGGUUCUGGCGCUGUCGAGAAUAAUGAAUCAGGGACACCUCCUUCAUCAUCAUCAUCUUCAUCUCCGUCUACUUCAGCGCCAUCAUCAUUGGGUGUCAAUUCCGGAUUAAUAACUACGCGACCCCGUUCAAAGACAGCUACUUCGAGUACUGUGAUGGUGUCAACUCUCGUUGGUGGAAAGCAACGAGGGGAUCGUAACCAUGUUGGAACUGUAGCUAUCCCUAAGAAGCUGGCUGAGCAGGUCGAGAAUAUUCUGGGACGCAAACUUGCAGGCAAGGGAAACGUUCUGGAUGAGCGCGAAAAAGAACGCGAGGAAGAAGAAGCCCGCAAAGCUGCAGAGCCAUUGCCUCCCAUUGUUCGUGGCCAGCCUCGUAAACGGGCUUUGACCUCAGCUCAUAUUCGAAAUCUAGUCUCCUCUUGGGAUCACAAAGUAGAGGAAGCUAAAGAGAUUACAAUGGAAGCAGAGCAGAUUCGGCAAUUCUUGGAGGAACGGAGUACAGCCCAUGCAGAACUACCAAAGUUUUCAAAAGUGCCUCUUUCGGGAAGUGAAUUGUUGAAACCUCUGCCAUCGUUGCCUCCACCUCCACCGGUCAUCGCUCCCUCUGGUCAUUCAAAGAGCAGCAAAUCUUCUUCUUCUACAACUACUAAAAAAGAUCAAAGUCACAGGAGUGGACAUGCUAAAACCGCUAGUGGUGGUGCAUCUCCAUACAUGUCUUCAUGUAAUGGAGGUGACAGAAGUUCGUCUUCAUCCUCUUCCUCCAGUCUGGAUUUGAAUAAUAAUGAAUCAAACACAGCAGUAACAGUAACAGUGGCAGUAACAGAAACAGCACCAGUUACAGUACCAGUUACACCAGCCAUUUUGGUGGAAGGUCAAGAUAUUGAAAGCGAGAAAAUCUCUACCCCUGCGAGCAAACCAUCUAUUACACUGGAAUCAUUGGAUACCAAGAGGAGCGGUCAAGUGCUGGAUAACAAGGCCGUGAUCAGUCGACCACGUCGUGCUGGUGUCCGUAGAGCCACUGUGAACGCAGUAAAUAUGUAACGAACGAACGAACAAAGGAUAAAAAUCUAACGAUGAAUAACGAUGAAAAACAAUGACAACAAAGACAUACAUGAGCCCAUUACCCCUUCCCAUCCCUUCCGCAGG